AUGAGCUCCUCCAACAGUACCCGCGUCAAUAUGGGUGAACGGACGGCCUUGUUGGGUCAUAUCGGAAAUGGUGCCACCGUCGACGAAAACCACCCUGGGGAGCAGGCCGGGCAACAUCACCGUCCCAAAGAUGGUCGCGUCUGGGUGUGGUGGCCCCGACAUGUUGCGCGGUUGACCUGGUUGACCCUCACCCGCGACUAUACGAACGCUCUCUUGAUCUUUGCGCCUUUGGGUAUCCUUGCCGGUGCCCUGGGCUGGGACGCGAGCGCGGUGUUUGUGUUGAACUUCCUCGCCAUCGUCCCGCUGGCCUCGCUGUUAAGCUUUGCGACAGAGGAGCUCGCUGCGACCAUGGGCCAGGCGCUAGGCGGCCUGAUGAAUGCCACGUUCGGCAAUGCCGUGGAAUUGAUUGUCAGUAUCAUUGCACUCAAGGAUAAACAGAUUAGGGUCGUCCAGGCCAGCAUGCUGGGCAGCAUCUUGUCUAAUAUCCUUUUGGUUCUGGGCUGCUGCUUCUUCAUCGGUGGCAUUCGUCACAGCGAACAGUCCUUCAACAGCACGGUCGCCUCGACCAUGUCUUCCCUAAUGGCCGUAGCGUCGGCGUCUCUGAUCAUUCCCGCAGCCCUCUACGCGGUGCUGUCCAAGUCUGCAUCAAGCGCCCACGACAACAUCCUGAUUCUCUCGCACGGCACCGCCAUCAUCCUGCUCAUCAUCUACGUCAUGUACCUCUACUUCCAGCUCUACUCGCACUCGGAGCUCUUCGAGGAGAGCAAUGAGGCUGGAACCGAUGAAGAGGAAGAAGAGGAGGAGGAGAGAUUGCUCAACCCUGUCGCCGCCACCGUCGUCUUGAUCGUGGUGACCAUCCUUGUCGCUAUCUGUGCCGACUACUUGGUGGGCAGCAUCGACAGCAUUGUGGAAAAGACCGGCAUGAGUAAGACCUUCAUCGGUCUGGUCCUGAUCCCCAUCGUGGGCAAUGCCGCCGAGCACGUGACCGCUGUCGUCGUCGCCUGGAAGGACAAGAUGGAUCUUGCCAUUGGUGUCGCCAUCGGCAGUAGUCUGCAAAUUGCUCUCUUUGUCACCCCCUUCCUGGUCAUUUUGGGAUGGAUCAUGGGGGUGGAGAUGACUCUGCACUUCCAGACCUUUGAGACGGUGGCCUUUUUCAUCUCUGGCUUGGUGGUGACCCUGUUGAUCCAGGAUGGCAAGUCCAACUACCUGGAGGGUGGCAUGUGUCUUGGAAUGUACGUCAUUUUGGCUCUCGCCUUUUACGUCUACCCCGACGAUGUCAACGAAGGGAUUGGUGGUAUCUUCAGUAAGCUGAGCAACUAA